AUGGGCGGAUGGAUAUGCACUGUGAUGCGCCUCCAGUCUGUUUGACGCCAGGACGGGUGAGAGACGAGGGAAAGAGAGGCAGGAAAAAAGGAAAAAAAAACUCCUUCAUGUCGGUGUCUGUAAAACAGAGCAAAGGUCGACAGACGCUACACCAUUUCAUGAAAGGUGCCUCUUCUUAAAGUGUCUCUCUAAACGCAACCAGAAUCUGGCAUGGAUUAGUCUGUAAUAUCUAACAGUUGUCUCAUCGUCGUUUUCAGUCUUAAUUCCUCAAUUGCCCUUUACACUAAUUCUCGGAGUGGUUGUGACCCAGUUCCACCCCCCUUCCCGCUUCACUGCAGGCCUUCCUGAGCCCUGAGCACCAGCAGCUGCGUCCUGCCUCGACUUCCUGUCCUUGGUCGUACAAGGCUAAGCUCGUCCACUCCCCUACCCCCUUCACAUACACAAACACGCACCUAAUCAUCUUCCUGGCACACUGCGGGCCGUAAGCGCUUCAGAUCCCACUUCCUGGUGCAGCCCAGCACUAUGACCUCCAUGUCCAGUCUGUUCUCCUUCACCAGCCCGGCGGUGAAGCGGUUGCUGGGCUGGAAGCAGGGCGACGAGGAGGAGAAAUGGGCGGAAAAGGCUGUGGAUGCCCUGGUAAAAAAGUUGAAGAAGAAAAAGGGUGCCAUGGAGGACUUGGAGAAGGCCCUCAGCAGCCCCGGACAGCCUAGCAAAUGUGUGACCAUCCCCCGGUCGCUGGACGGGCGGCUACAGGUGUCCCACAGGAAAGGCCUCCCUCACGUCAUCUACUGUCGCGUGUGGCGCUGGCCUGACCUGCAGUCCCAUCACGAGCUCAAGCCCCUAGAGGUGUGCGAGUAUCCGUUCGGUUCCAAACAGAAAGAAGUGUGCAUCAACCCCUAUCACUACAAACGAGUUGAAAGUCCAGUACUUCCUCCGGUGUUGGUGCCACGACACAGCGAGUUCAACCCUCAGCACAGUCUGCUGGUGCAGUUCCGCAACCUGAGUCACAAUGAGCCUCACAUGCCUCUAAACGCCACCUUCCCUGAGUCCUUCCAGCAGCACAGCGGAGGAAGCUCCUUCCCCAUCUCUCCAAACUCGCCCUACCCUCCGUCUCCCGCCAGCAGCGGCACCUAUCCCAACUCUCCUGCAAGCUCUGGGCCAUCCAGCCCCUUCCAGCUGCCAGCUGAUACCCCUCCUCCUGCCUACAUGCCUCCAGAUGAACAGAUGGGACAGGACGGGUCUCAGUCCAUGGAGACUGGCAGCAGCAUGGUUCCUCAGAACAUGCCCAGAGGGGAUGUGCAGCCAGUGGAGUAUGAGGAGCCCAGUCACUGGUGCUCUAUUGUGUACUAUGAGCUGAAUAAUCGUGUGGGAGAGGCUUACCACGCUUCCUCCACCAGCGUGCUGGUUGAUGGAUUCACUGACCCAUCAAACAACAAGAACCGCUUCUGCCUGGGCCUGCUCUCCAACGUCAAUCGCAACUCCACUAUUGAAAACACCCGCCGCCACAUCGGCAAAGGUGUCCACCUGUAUUAUGUCGGAGGAGAAGUGUAUGCGGAGUGUCUGAGUGACACCAGCAUUUUCGUCCAGAGUCGAAACUGCAACUACCAUCAUGGUUUCCACCCCACGACUGUCUGCAAGAUCCCCAGCGGCUGCAGCCUCAAGAUCUUCAACAACCAAGAAUUCGCUCAGCUGCUCGCUCAGUCCGUCAACCACGGAUUCGAGGCCGUCUACGAGCUCACCAAGAUGUGCACCAUUCGCAUGAGCUUUGUAAAGGGCUGGGGUGCGGAGUAUCACAGACAAGAUGUGACGAGCACCCCUUGCUGGAUAGAAGUGCAUCUUCACGGGCCUCUCCAAUGGCUGGAUAAAGUCCUAACACAAAUGGGUUCUCCUCUAAACCCAAUCUCUUCUGUCUCAUGAUGGGCCCUGCUGGGCUGGGAGGAUCUUUUUUUUUUUUUUUUUUUUUUUUUUUUUUUUUUUUUUUUUUUUUUUUUUUUUU